AGCCCAGCCGGUGCAGCGUUCAAGCACCAUGGAGAGCAGCGUGGUGCACAUCUACAAAGAGGACAGGUGCCCCUUGGGACAUCCGGAGGAGUGCACCCCAAACUUCACCUGGCAACCCGGCUUAUCGGACGUCUUCAACUACACCCCCAACGGGACCUGGGACGCUGAGCCCGAGCCCAUGUCGCCCAUCAUCCCCAUUAUAGUCGCGGUGUACUCCGUGGUGUUUGUGGUGGGCUUGGCGGGCAACUGUUUGGUGAUGUAUGUCAUCAUAAGAUACACCAAAAUGAAAACAGCCACCAACAUCUACAUCUUCAACCUGGCUGUGGCUGACGCUCUGGUCACCACCACCAUGCCCUUCCAGAGCACCGACUACCUGCUCAGCUCCUGGCCGUUUGGCGAGGUGGCGUGCAAAGUCUUCAUCUCCAUCGAUUACUACAACAUGUUCACCAGCAUCUUCACGUUGACCAUGAUGAGCGUGGACCGCUAUGUGGCAGUGUGUCACCCCAUCAAAGCCUUGGAUUUCCGCACACCCGUCAAGGCCAAGAUCAUCAAUGUGAUCAUCUGGGUGCUGUCGUCCGCUGCUGGGAUCCCUGCCAUGAUACUUGGCAGCACAAAGACCAAUAACGGCACUACAGAGUGUGCCCUACAGUUCCCCGAACCCUACAUCUACUGGGACACCCUGAUGAAGAUCUGUGUCUUUAUCUUUGCCUUUGUGGCACCCGUCAUCAUCAUCACCGUCUGCUACACACUGAUGGUCUUGCGGCUGAAAAGCGUGCGCCUGCUGUCGGGCUCACGCGAGAAGGACCGCAACCUGCGGCGGAUCACUCGUCUGGUGCUUGUGGUAGUCGCCGUCUUCGUGGUGUGCUGGACGCCCAUCCACAUAUUCAUCUUAGUCAAGGCGCUGUCGGGCAACGUGCCUGAAACCACCGCCGUCAUGGCUGCCUACUUCUUCUGCGUUGCGCUGGGCUACACCAACAGCAGCCUCAACCCCAUCCUCUACGCCUUCCUGGAUGAGAACUUCAAGAGGUGCUUCAGGGACUUCUGCUGCCCCGGUGCCCAAGGACACAGAGACUGCCAGGGGGUGAGCAGGGUGAGGAGCACCCUGCGGGACCACUCGUGUCCCACAGAAGGCCGGGGAGAUAUGAGGCAGGCCAGGCCUGUAUGA